CACGUCAUCACAGCGCCAGCCUAGAAGGGCUUUUGACAGGAAUCUAACAAACGGUGUGAGCAGUGAGUGGGAUAGCCGGAUAAUUCGCUGUAUUGUUUAAGCGAUAGCUUUUAGAUGUCCUUUUUCUCACACUACUCCGUUGCAGCUCUUUUGUAACCCUAGCUGUAGCUAAAUGUGCUGUGCCCUAGCAUCGUUGUCCUGCUGGCUAUCCUAGGUAGAUUAGUAGGUUAGGUUAUUAGCUCUGGCUAUCCUAGGUAGAUUAGUAGGUUAGGUUAUUAGCUCUGGCUAUCCUAGGUAGAUUAGUAGGUUAGGUUAUUAGCUCUGGCUAUCCUAGGUAGAUUAGUAGGUUAGGUUAUUAGCUCUGGCUAUCCUAGGUAGAUUAGUAGGUUAGGUUAUUAGCUCUGGCUAUCCUAGGUAGAUUAGUAGGUUAGGUUAUUAGCUCUGGCUAUCCUAGGUAGAUUAGUAGGUUAGGUUAUUAGCUCUGGCUAUCCUAGGUAGAUUAGUAGGUUAGGUUAUUAGCUCUGGCUAUCCUAGGUAGAUUAGUAGGUUAGGUUAUUAGCUCUGGCUAUCCUAGGUAGAUUAGUAGGUUAGGUUAUUAGCUCUGGCUAUCCUAGGUAGAUUAGUAGGUUAGGUUAUUAGCUCUGGCUAUCCUAGGUAGAUUAGUAGGUUAGGUUAUUAGCUCUGGCUAUCCUAGGUAGAUUAGUAGGUUAGGUUAUUAGCUCUGGCUAUCCUAGGUAGAUUAGUAGGUUCUUUUAUUAGGUCCGCUGCACGUUACUUCUAAGCCCUGUGGUACAUGCAGUUUCGCCUACCCAGCAGAUAGAUGGUGUUCCAGUGUGAGGGGUCAGAUAACUCGCACAGCCAAGUAUGACCUGCUGUGUUGACCUGAGCCCGUUUAACCUGGCAUGGCGAGUAUAGUCUUCACUUAGCUAACUAGCUAGCUGAUUAUUUGUUUUCCUGUCCACAGCAACAUCUGUAAAGAUGGUUCGUUCACUGGUGAGCUUAUGCGCACGUGAGGUUGUCCGUGAUCAUGGGUCGUCGCCGGUUUGGCUGAGUUGCGUCCCGCGCGAGCUUUACCGACCGUUGCUGGAAGCAGCUUUCGAUCAUUGUCGACCUCUAGCCAUCGGUGAGCUUGUCCAGCGCUGGCCCGAGCGGGUACUUGCGGUCGGAGGAAGACGGAAACCUGACCAGUGUCCACCAAAUCGCCUCUGCAUCCAGGCUCUGCUGCUGGCGGUGGUCAGGGGACUGACAGACAAGAGGUGUUGUCUGCAGGUGUUGGAUCUGUGUGACUUGCACACGGAGGAUGGGCGGUUGGAAGAAUCUAUCGGUGGCUGGUCCCUCACAGUGGCUCUCUGCUCCAUGCUGCUGCAGGCACGAGCUGCCACCUCCAGGGGGCAGCGGCGAGACUGGGAACGCGAGAGGAAGAGGUGGCGGGAGUCUGAGAGAGAGGGUGAUGGCGUGGUCAAACGAGACCGGGGGACAGAGAGAGAGAAGCAUGAAGCAGAGGGAGAGAAGAAGGCAUGUGGAGGAGAGGCAUACUGUCAGCGAGAGCCAGGGGGUUUAACCCCACAAGAUGUUAUGGUGAGGGGGGUGAGGAGGAGGAUGGAGCUGGAGAGGAGGAGUGAAGGCCAGCAGCAGAACUGUGACCCAGACUGGCAGCAGGCGGCGGUGGUGCGGGUCAGGGCUGACCUCUUUAUCAACGCCCGGUCCUGGGAGCGCGUGCGAGGCGCGCUCAGCUUGCCCGGACCCCUGCGCCUGCACUGCCGCUACCUGCGGGUGGAGGAGCUGCCGGCAGCCUCCAUCGGGGCCCUGCUGGCCCUGCUGCCCCGGCAAGGCUUACUGGGACUGGACGUUCGUUACUCCAGCCUGGGCGUGGCUGGCCUGGCCCUGCUGCUGCCUCUACUUGCACCUUUCCCCCUCCUUCACACACUCAGGCUGCACUACUGCAACCUGGACCUGCAGCGUUCCCAGCCUGGCCAGCAGGAGGUGCUGCAGGACAUGUCUCAGGGGCUGGCCUUGCUGACCAGGCUGUGCAGGUUGAGUCUGACUGCACUGCGGCUCCCGGGACACCUGCGCCUGCUGCUCAGUUCCCUCUCGCAGCCUCUAGAGGUGCUAGAGCUGCCGUACCUCAGCCUGACGCCAGCUGACCUGGCCUACCUCUCCAGCAGCCAGCACGCGUCGUCCCUCAGAGAGCUGGACCUGAGUGAGAACAGGCUGGACGAGUCGUCUCUCCCGUCCCUGCAGAGGCUGUUGGCCCAGGGCGAAGGCCGCCUGACCCAGCUCUCCCUGUGCGGCUGCAGCCUGUCUGACGGCCUGCUGGGGGCGCUGCUCCCCUCCCUGUCCCGCUGUCGGGUGCUGAAGAGCCUGAGGCUGGCGCUGAACCCGCUGUCCCGGGCGGGCGUGGUGAGGCUGGCGUGUGCAGCAGCGGGUAUCCCCACCCUCCAGCUGCUGCUGUACCCCACCCCCCUGGAGGAGUACGAGCCGGGCCUGUCACCGACACCCUCCAGCGCCCAGCUCCUGGACUGGCCCCUGGUGGAGGGCUCUGAGGUCAGGGAGCUAACACUGAUGCAGCUCCAGGAGGUGCUGAGACUGAAAGAUCGCUCAGAUGACCUAUUGUUGACCUCUGACCUGCUGAAAUAUAGCACUGACUUGGCAGUGGAAGACUACUAAGUGUGUGUGCGUGUGUGUGUGUGUGUGUGUGUGAGAUUGGUUGUGAGGAAACUUUGAGUAGCAUGAGCUGUGCUCUUCAUCCCCGUCUCUUCACUAGCAGUUCUGUUGGACCUCUGCACUGGUGCUGAUCUGGAGGUUCAUGAGCAUGUCAGAACCAAAGUGGCAGGUGACGCGCCUGACGAUCACAUCAACACUGAACCACUGCCAGCGUGUGGACAUUCACCGUCACCAAGGCAACCAAACCAAGCAGCAUGAAGUAUAGCUGCUUACUUCAGCCUCUGCAUCCAUGCAGUGGGACUCGUCUGGGUUGGGCUAGUUUGAGUCUUUAGCCCUUUUGAACACUGUCACACAGAAGUGUCAUAUAGUAACUUUAAUUUAAUAGUGAUGUAAGUACAGCUGAUGGUUGGCUGCUGUGAUAAAGCUCAUCUGUCACAUCAUACCUGUUACUGAGAGAUGUUUACAUCAGCCUAAUCUCAGGAGCUGUGAGUGUGUGUGUCAGAUGUUGAGUCAAAGAGGUGGAAGCAGGAGUGUGUUUUGCUAGGCCCACCAUGUUGGCAGUAACCUGUGUCAGGAGUCUCGACGAGUCCUUCAGCACCACGCUCUCUCUGUCCUGUGGCUUUAUACAGCAGUGGGGAUGACUAUUAAAUAAAACACACAUGACUUCAA